CAAAUAUGCUUCAUCAGGAGCCCCCACCACCACUCCGAGUCCGACCUGCAUUACUCAGUCAGUGUCGACGUCAAGCUCAGUAUAAUAGACAAACAUCAUUUUUAUCAGCGAGUUGACGGCGAGAAUACUCAGGCUGUAGACCAACCGACGUCAGUUGUGUGUGACAGCUCAGCGCCACUGUAUGGCUGGCUGGUAGCUUGAUGAUCUCGAGUGGUCAUACAUGCGCUCUAUCUAGGUCAAUGAUGUGGGUCAGCUGGGGUGUAUAUAAAGGGGUGUAUAUGCCAGUGGGCUGAACAUCAACGCUGCGUGAUUCCUUGACCUCCAACCUGCAUUACUCACCCACUUGAAUCGCUUCUGUCACACGAUGCCAGUGUCGCCGCAAUCCUACACUCGCAUUGUCUACGCUCAACCAACCAAGGGUCUAAUCGAUGUGAAGACCUUCCGUGCCGAAGAGGUACCUUUUGACCUGAAGCCGGGUGCAGAUGAAGUCGUCGUCAGGAUUGACUAUCUCUCGCUUGACCCUGCGAUGCGGCUGUGGAUCAAUGAUGGGGACAACGAGUUCAACUAUACUGCUCCGGUGCAAGUCGGUCAAACUAUGAGAGGCAUCGGCCUUGCCACGGUAAUCGAGGCUGGCGAGAACAGCGGCUUCUCAGUAGGCGACCACGUCAGCGGAACGGUUGGCGUCACCGAGUAUAACACAGUGAAAGCAAGCACGCUGACCAAAAUAGAUCUCUCAGAGCGAUCACAGCUACUUGAUUUCAUUGGUCCCUUGGGACAUCCAGGCAUCACUGCGUACAUAGGCCUCUUUGACAUAGGCCAGAUCAAAGCGGGCGAGACCCUCGUCGUCUCGGGUGCCGCAGGCGCCGUUGGUUCCCUUGUCUGCCAGCUGGGGAAGGACAAAGGGGCGAAGGUAUACGGGACCGUCGGCUCUGCCGAGAAGUGCAAGUAUCUCGAAGAGGAUGUCGGCGUUGUGAAGGCGCUAAACUAUAAGAGUCCCACCUUCCGUGAGGAUUUCGUUCGCGAGUUCGGCAAGAUUGACGUGUUCUUCGACAACGUCGGAGGCGAGAUUCUGGACUUCGCGCUCACGAGGCUGAACAUGCAUGCAAGGGUGGUCUUGUGCGGUUCCAUCUCUUCGUACACCAGCGAAGCAGUGCCUUUCAAGAACUUCUCGCACGUCUUCUUCCACCGAGCUAGAGUGGAAGGUUUCAGUCUCAUAGACCAAGGGCACCGUUUUGCAGACGCCAGAGCAUACCUCGCGGAGAAGGUUGCCCAGGGUGCCUUGAAAUCCAAGUACCAUAUCCUCGAAGGCAUUGAAGAAGUUCCGAUGGCAAUCAACAUGCUCUUCAGAGGUGAGAACAAUGGCAAGCUGGUGGUCAAGAUCGCGCACGACUAGUCUUCUCGUAUAGGUUAGCCUGCAUGUUCAACUCGAAUGAUAGCACAGUAUAGUAAGCUGUUGUACAAUGGAUUCUCGUUUGACCAAUCAGACUGACU